AUGGCUGCUUCUUCCGCGUCACUCGCUGGUGCUUCUGCUUCGGAUCUUUUGAGGAGUUCAACCAGCGGUUUCAAUGGUGUACCUUUGAGAAGUUUGGGGAAGGAAGGCUUGGUUUUGAAGAGGAGGGAUUUUAGUGUUUCUGCUAAGCUGAGGAAGGUGAAGAAGCAUGACUAUCCUUGGCCUGCUAAUCCUGAUCCCAAUGUGAAAGGCGGUGUGUUGAGCCACCUUUCCCGUUUCAAGCCACUCAAGGAAAAGCCAAAGCCUACCACUUUGGACUUUGAAAAGCCUCUUGUUGAUCUGCAAAAGAAGAUCAUUGAUGUACAGAAGAUGGCAAAUGAAACUGGGCUGGACUUCAGUGAUCAGAUUCAGUCCUUGGAGACGAAGUACAAUCAGAUUCAGGCGUUUCUGCUGUUGGCUUUAAAGGAUCUAUAUACCCAUAUGACUCCUAUACAGCGGGUCAACGUUGCACGACAUCCUAACAGGCCGACUUUCCUUGAUCACAUCUCUAACAUAACAGAAAAGUUUAUGGAAAUCCAUGGUGAUCGGGCGGGUUAUGAUGAUCCAGCUAUUGUUACUGGUAUAGGGAUUAUAGAUGGUAGAAGAUACAUGUUCAUCGGUCAGCAAAAGGGUAGAAAUACUAAAGAAAACAUUCAACGUAACUUUGGGAUGCCAACUCCUCAUGGUUACAGAAAGGCUCUUCGGUUGAUGGAAUAUGCAGAUCAUCAUGGGUUCCCCAUCGUUACAUUCAUUGACACACCUGGGGCUUACGCUGACCUUAAAUCAGAGGAACUAGGCCAAGGUGAAGCAAUUGCUCACAAUUUGAGAUCCAUGUUUGGUCUGAAGGUUCCAAUUUUAUCCAUAGUUAUUGGAGAAGGUGGUUCAGGUGGUGCCCUAGCCAUUGGAUGUGCUAAUAAAUUGCUCAUGCUUGAAAAUGCUGUUUUUUAUGUUGCCAGUCCAGAGGCAUGUGCAGCAAUCUUGUGGAAGAGUGCUAAAGCUGCUCCAAAGGCUGCUGAAAAACUGAGGAUAACAGCCCCUGAAUUGUGCAAAUUGCAAGUUGCAGAUGGUGUUAUACCUGAGCCCCUUGGUGGCGCACAUGCGGAUCCAGAGUGGACCUCUCAACAGAUAAAGAAGGCAAUCAAUGAAACCAUGGACGAACUCUCCAAGAUGAACACUGAAGAGCUACUAAGACAUCGCAUGCUUAAGUUCAGAAAGAUCGGUGGGUUCCAGGAAGGUAUUCCUAUAGAUCCUAAGAAAAAAUUCAACAUGAAGAAGAAGGAUUUGUCUAUUGCUAAGAUGCCUGAUACUGAACUUGAACUUGAGGUUGAGAAACUGAAGAAACAAAUUUUGGAAGCUAAAGAAUCUUCUCCCGUUCCUCCAAAACUAGAUAUAGAUGAGAUGAUAAAGCAACUGGAGAGGGAGGUCAAUCAAGAAUACUCUGAGGCAAUUAAAGCUUUAGGCUUGGCAGACAGGUUUUCGCAACUACGGGAGGAAGUUUCAAAAGCAAAUGCAGAUAAUGAAAGUCUUGAUCCAUUGCUGAAGGAUAAGAUAGAAAUGCUAAGGGUGGAGUUUGAGCAGAAAUUGAGUGAAGCUCCUAAUUAUAGUAAGCUGCAGAAUAUGCUUAACUAUCUCAAAGAAUUAUCUGAAGCAAAGCAUCUGUCCACAGUUAAGAAAGAGUUGAAGAUGAAAGUUGAUCAAGUCUUGAGUAAUCCUAGAUUAAGGAAAGAGUUCGAAGCAUUAAAGGCUGAAAUUAGAGGUGUUGGUGCAUCCUCAGCAAGUGAUUUGGAUGAGGAGUUGAAGAAGAAAAUCAUUGAUUUUAAGAAAGAGGUAGACUCGCAUCUGGUUGAUGCUCUGGAGUCAGCAGGCUUAAAUGUCAUCGUAAAACAAGACACCCCCCAGCCAGGUAUAAAAGAACUAAAAGAAGAAAUAGAAAAGCAAAUUGAUAGUUUGGUUAACUCAUCAGAUGAUAUUAAGAGCAAGAUACAGCUGUUGAAAUUGGAGGUUGCCAAGGCUGGAGAGACGCCAAGUUCUGAAUCAAAGAAUAGAAUUGAUGCUUUGGUGCAACAAAUUAAGCUAAACCUUGCAGAGGUUGUUGAUUCGUCUGGCUUAAAAGAACAGUAUGAACAUCUACUGUCUCAUGAAAGUUUAGAUCCAGCACAAGACAGUCUCACCGAUGAGAAGUUGAGAGUGAAAAAGAAAAAUGCCCCGCAGUAA